CGCCCAAUAAAUCGAUAGUGAGCAGAGCCCAUCCCGCUUUAUUCCCGUCAAAUCUGGUUGUUUUCGAAGUCCAGCUGCGGGAAAAAUUUGUAAAUUUCGUGAAGCGGGAAUUCUAGAUUUAUUAAAAAAUCGCUUCUUUGGUUUAUUUUUAAAUAUUCUAACUUGUUUUUUGAUUUUAUUUAAAAAUUUGUUAGCUUUUUUUUGUCCCGUCAAAAACAGCUUUUUUUCUGAUCAAAAGUAGGCAGCACUGAUGAUGAUGACGUCAGUCAUUUCAUUAAAUUUCUUUUUCGUUGAUCAAAUUCUUAAAUUAAUGAAUUAAUUAUUUAAAUUACCGGAAACUACCAGGGCCUCGUUUGGCCCGCAGUGAGACUGCGCAGAACGACUUUAACCCCUAUUGCGUUCCGGUGGUUCGGCCAGACCUCUUGAAAAAUAUCAGAAUGUUGGGAUGUCGUGCUUCGAAUCCCAAGCCUGGCCUAUUAUGUCUGCCAGACGAUGUACUGAUUCUCAUUAUGGGACAUCUUGACUUUCCAACCCAGCUGAAGAUGACGCACAUGCAUCUCCGGUUCCUGGAAGUAAUGCCCCAUGUCUGGCGGUCUCGGGACAAAUCUGCGAGUCUCUCCCUGAUCGAAUUGCAUUUGAGCGACAAGGAUCUCCUUUUCUUCCUGGGAAGCACCCAAAGAACACUCAAUGCUCUCCGGUUGAAGAUGGAGAAAAGGUCAAAUUUUGAUGUCCUUACGAAUUAUGUAUUUCCAAAACUCGACGAUUUCCGUUUCUCAACGCAUUCGUUUUCGUUGAAUGAUUCGGAUUUACCAAAAAUGAUUAGGAGUUUUCCCAACUUGAAAACUUUCAGUCCCCAUGGAAAGUUCACUGGUAAGCACUUGGUCGAAUUCCAGUUCCUGGAGAAUCUUACGUUGUCGUACUGCAGCAAAUUCGAAGUCAGCAACCUAAUUCACAUUCUAAAAACCAGAAAUAUAAAAAGUCUGAAAUUGGGAGUUUUUGAUACAAGUCAGCUUGAAUCCAUCGAUUUGCCCUUGGAGGGGAUAAAAAACAUAGAGUUGCUGCAGUGUGACUGUGAGGAAAUGAGGGUAUGGUUCCUGAGGAAUCUGGAACACCUAACCCACUUGAAGCAGCUAUUUCUUUGUGGCCAAAUUUACGGCGCCUUUGUCUGGGAAGUGCUGAGGUGUGCGAAACGGAGUAAUAUCAGAAUUCUGGAUAUCAACUUCUAUGAGGAACUUGAUCAGAUUCUCAACCUUCAUGUGCAAAUACAGACAAUGAAGGUAGGAAGGCUCAUCCGUGUAAAUAGAGAAAGCAGAAGCUUGCUAAACUUUGAAAAUAUUAAAGAAAUCUAUUUUAAAGAUUCUGUCUUUGAUGAACUCGGUUUUAAGCAAAUAAUUAAUAGUCUAAAGACUACUGAGAUCCUAGGCCUAAGUGACUGCAAGUUUGGUUUUAAGGAAUUCACAUUUUUAGCAACGGAGAUAGCCAAGGAACGUCACAAAACACUCAACAUAUAUUUGGGUGAAAACCUCGUCUGUCAUCCAGAUGAAUUUCUCCCGACAGCACCUAUAAUAUGGAGAGUGGAUGGCGAACAUAUGUAUUUCAAGCUUCGCACGGAGCAUCCAAAAAUAAGUUAUGGUUGUGAUCCAGUUUCAAUUUAUUUUGACUGACUUUAACUAUUUAUGAUUUAAAUUGUUAUUUUUUAACUUCACUGAAAUUUAAAAUGGCAUAGCCAAUAUUCAAACACUUUGAUUUGUUAUCUAUUGUAUUAUCUGAAUUCGUAUCGAAUAAUUCUUUUAUAACAAAUUGACUGCUUAGACAGUUACUUUUCUCAUGUUGCGACGGUAACCUUUAAUUAAAUCAGUUAGGCUAGGAAUUGGGUGUGAAAUUGAAAUAAGUGUGACUAGAAGGCUUCACGUUUUGAGUAUAGGAAAGCUGCCCAGA